AUGGUUUUCUACGUGAUCAUGUACUCGGACUUGGAAUCGGACUACAUCAACCCUAUCGAUCUUUGCACGAAGCUUAACCAGUUUAUGCUGCCAGAAAUGGGUGCACACGCUUUCCUUACUGUUCUUUUCUUGCUCACUGGCCAAUGGAUUGCGCUCUUCCUCAACAUUCCGCUGCUGGCAUACAACGCUAACAAAGUGAUAAAUAAAAGCUAUUUGUUGGACGCGACAGAAAUCUUCCGGACGCUCAUGACGCACAAGAAAGAAAGCUUUGUCAAGCUGGGCUUCUACCUCUUGUCAUUCUUCUUCUACUUGUACCGCAUGAUUAUGGCGUUGGUUCGUGAUGAUUGA